ACCCCAAAUUGUCCCCAAAUGUCCCUGAGUGUCCCCAAAUUGUCCCCAGCGCAUGGAGGAGAUGCUGGGCUCGUUCCAGAGCUCGCUGAGCUCGCUGAGCUGGGAGAUCCGGGCGCUGCAGGGCCAGGCCGGGGCCAUGAACCUGCGGCUGCGCAACCGCCGCCAGGUCCGGGAGCGCCUCGGGGGGCUGCUGGACGAGCUCGUCGUGCCCCCCGACAUGAUCAGCGUGAUCCUGGAGGCGCCGGUGACGUCGCCCGAGUUCGUGGCGCAGCUGCGGGCGCUGGACGCCAUUUUGAUGAAGUUUCCAUUGGAUUUCCGUGGAUUUCAAUGGGAUUUUGAUGAAAUUUUGACCGAUUUUUCCCAUUUUUUGAUAUUUUCUCCCCAUUUUCUCCCCUCCCACGUGAUCCUGGAGGCGCCGGUGACCUCCCCCGAGUUCGUGUCCCAGCUUGUGAUCCUGGAGGCUCCGGUGACGUCGCUGGAGUUUGUGGCGCAGCUGCGGGCGCUGGACGCCAUUUCA